CGCGGCGGGAAAAGCAGGCGGAAGGAACCGGACCCCGGCUGCCACCGUGUCCCAGCCGCCGCCGCCGCCGCCGCCGCCGCCGCCGCAGCGUCGCGGGGCCGGAGUCCGCGCGCAACGCUCGCCUCACCGCCCGCCACGUCGCAGCGCCCGCCCGAGCCGCCGCGCCGCCCGCGCACACCUGAAGCGGCCGGGCCCGGCCUGCCUCGGCCCUCUGCUCGUCCUCCCCGCUCCGCACCGGCCUUCACUCUGGAGCGGCCCCGGCAGCCGCAGCAGGGGCGGCGGCGGCGAAUCGAGGAGCUCUCUAGGUCGUCCCGGGAGAGGCUGCUGCAGUCCCGGGACAAGAUGUUCUCCAAGUUCACCUCUAUCUUGCAGCACGCCGUGGAGGCGCUAGCACCUUCUCUUCCUUUACAAGAAGAUUUCGUGUAUCACUGGAAGGCAAUUACCCAUUACUACAUAGAGACUUCAGAUGACAAAGCUCCAGUCACAGAUACAAAUAUUCCAUCUCAUCUGGAACAGAUGUUAGAUAUAUUGGUACAAGAAGAGAAAGAACGAGAAUCGGGAGAGACGGGGCCAUGUAUGGAGUAUUUGCUUCAUCACAAGAUCUUGGAAACAUUAUAUACCUUGGGGAAAGCUGACUGUCCGCCGGGAAUGAAACAGCAGGUCCUGGUGUUCUACACUAAACUUCUGGGAAGAAUUAAGCAGCCACUGCUUCCACACAUUAACGUGCACAGGCCAGUGCAGAAAUUAAUUCGACUAUGUGGUGAAGUCCUUGCAACACCAACGGAAAAUGAAGAAAUUCAGUUUCUCUGUAUUGUAUGUGCAAAACUGAAAGAAGAUCCCUAUUUGGUCAAUUUUUUUCUGGAGAAUAAGUUGAAGUCACUGGCUUCCAAAGGAGUACCAAAUGUGACUUCAGAAGACACAUUAAAAGGUCAGGAUUCCUUAUCAGCAGAUACAGGACAGCCCUGUCGGCCAGAGGAACUGUCCGGUGCCGCUGGGGUGGAGCAAACGGAGUUCGAAGAUGAGCCUCCGCAUCAGACAGAUGUCCUGUCCGCAAGCUUGGAUAAUCUCAGUGUCACUUCACUGCCAGAGGCCACAGUUGUUCGUCUAAACCAGGAUUACAAUUUAGUGAAUUCUCUGUUAAAUCUUACAAGAAGUCCUGAUGGCCGAAUAGCUGUGAAAGCCUGCGAGGGCUUGAUGCUGCUAGUGAGUUUGCCAGAGCCAGCGGCUGCCAAGUGCCUCACACAGAGCACGUGCUUGUGUGAGCUGCUGACAGACAGACUGGCCUCCCUGUACAAGGCCCUACCUCAAUCAGUGGACCCCUUAGAUAUUGAAACAGUGGAAGCAAUUAACUGGGGCUUGGACUCAUAUAGUCAUAAAGAAGAUGCUUCAGCAUUUCCAGGAAAACGAGCCUUAAUUUCAUUUCUUUCCUGGUUUGAUUAUUGUGAUCAACUCAUAAAGGAAGCACAAAAGACUGCUGCUGUUGCUCUUGCCAAAGCCGUUCAUGAAAGAUUUUUUAUUGGUGUUAUGGAACCGCAGUUAAUGCAAACUUCUGAGAUGGGCAUUCUGACAUCAACUGCUCUGCUUCAUCGCAUUGUUCGGCAAGUAACCUCUGACGUUUUGCUUCAAGAAAUGGUGUUUUUUAUCCUCGGAGAACAGCGAGAACCAGAAACUCUGGCAGAAAUUAGCAGACACCCUUUAAGACACAGGCUAAUUGAACAUUGUGAUCAUAUAUCUGAUGAGAUAAGCAUCAUGACAUUAAGGAUGUUUGAACACCUUUUACAAAAACCCAAUGAACACAUUCUUUACAACUUGGUCCUAAGAAAUCUUGAAGAAAGAAAUUACACAGAAUAUAAACCUGUGUGCCCAGAAGAUAAAGAUGUGGUGGAGAAUGGAUUGAUAGCAGGAGCAGUAGAUCUGGAAGAAGAUCCAUUAUUUACUGACAUUGCACCAGAUAACACUUUGUCAAACCAAGAGUGGCUUAGUUCUUCACCUCCCACUACUCCAGACCACCCCAAAAAUGAUGGGAAAACUGAAGUCCAUAAAAUUGUAAAUAGUUUUCUCUGUCUCGUACCGGAUGAAGCCAAAUCAUCCUACCAUGUUGAGGGCACUGGAUAUGACACCUACCUCCGAGAUGCUCAUAGGCAGUUCCGGGACUACUGUGCUAUCUGCUUAAGAUGGGAGUGGCCUGGGUCUCCAAAAGCAUUGGAAAAGUGCAAUUUAGAAGCAGCUUUCUUUGAAGGUCAUUUUUUGAAAGUUUUAUUUGACAGAAUGGGAAGAAUUCUUGAUCAGCCAUAUGAUGUAAAUUUACAAGUAACCUCGGUGUUAUCUAGACUUUCUCUCUUCCCUCAUCCACACAUACACGAGUACCUUUUGGAUCCUUAUGUGAACCUUGCUUCUGGCUGUAGAUCACUCUUCUCUGUAAUCGUCAGGGUUGUUGGAGACCUUAUGGUUAGAAUCCAGCGUAUUCAAGACUUUACUCCCAAGCUUCUGUUAGUCAGAAAGCGGUUACUUGCUUUAGAACCUGAAGGACCUGUCAGUAUUGACCACAUCACGUUGCUAGAGGGUGUGAUUGUGUUGGAAGAGUUCUGUAAGGAGCUGGCGGCAAUUGCAUUUGUGAAAUACCACGCUUCCUCCACACCGUAAAUGGCAUCUUUCAAGUAACUAAGGGAUCUAAGGGAACAGAACAAUUGUGUAAAUUUCAUCGAAAAAGUUCCACCCAGUGAAGAGAGGAUAAAAAGCCUUUUUAAGUGAAGUAUUGCUGUAAACUGGACAGAACCAUUACGGACCCCUUGAGUGGACAAUUUCAGUAAAAUGUUGUAAGAUGUUGUUUUCAUUGGCUUCAUCGUAAUGGUUCUAUAUAUAAAAUUGCACGUCCUUGAAUCCAGGAUACAA